UCGAACUCGUCAAUCUCCGGAGACGCACAACGCGUUUGGGCGUUGCAGACGGAAGGUUUGUCCCUUCUGGGCUCCUGUCGGAUUUACCGGCGAUUGGAAGUCAUGUUGAAUCGAGUUGGAGCGGAGAAGUAGAGAGGGUGGCACUAGUAGGGCUACACCGCUUUUAUUAUCAUGGCGGAGGGGACUGCGCCAUUGUGGUGCUUCCGUGAGGAUCACUUCAAAGAAAAAUUUAACGAAGAAAAUGUGGUAACAGUAACUUCGGUCGAGCAGAUAGCAGUAGAACUGAAUGUCGAAGAGGCCUACAAUGCCUUCAGAAAUAAUUGGCCUAUGCUGCAGCCUGUUUUGCAAAGGGAGAAACAUUUCCAGUACUUGAAGAAAGGCCUGAGGCACCUCUCUGAGUCAUAUUCGUGUUUGGAUGCCAGCCGACCUUGGCUCUGUUACUGGAUCUUGCACAGCUUGGAGCUUCUGAACGAGCCACUCGAUGAAAGCACAGCUUCCCACAUUUGUCAAUUCUUGGCAAAAUGUCAAAGUCCAAAUGGUGGAUUUGGUGGUGGACCAGGCCAAGAGCCACAUCUUGCUCCAACAUAUGCUGCUGUGAAUGCACUCUGUAUAAUAGGCACUGAAGAAGCAUAUGGAGUUAUUAACAGGGAAAAGUUACUAGAAUUUCUAUACUCUGUGAAACAACCAAAUGGAUCCUUUACUAUGCAUGUCAGUGGAGAAGUUGAUGUCAGGAGUGCUUACUGUGCAGCAUCUGUUGCAUCCUUAACAAACAUAAUCACACCUACAUUGUUUGAGGAAACACCUGAAUGGGUGAUAAGGUGUCAGAACUGGGAGGGUGGAAUAGGCGGUGUCCCUGGAAUGGAAGCCCAUGGUGGUUACACAUUCUGUGGCAUGGCUGCCAUGGUUAUCCUUAAAAAGGAGUGGAUGUUGGAUCUCAGAGCACUGUUGCGCUGGGUGACGAGUCGGCAGAUGCGGUUUGAAGGUGGAUUUCAAGGUCGAUGCAACAAGUUGGUGGAUGGUUGUUACUCAUUCUGGCAGGCUGGACUCUUGCCACUUCUACACCGUGCACUACAUGCAGAGGGGAAAGAUGCUCUCAGUAUGACACACUGGAUGUUUCAUCAGGAAGCACUUCAAGAGUACAUCUUACUCUGUUGUCAGAAUUCCACUGGAGGAUUGUUGGAUAAACCUGGCAAAUCAAGGGAUUUUUACCAUACCUGCUAUUGUUUAAGUGGACUUUCAGUGGCACAGCAUUUUGCUGGUGGAGAACUUCUGCAUGAAACCAUUGUGGGUGACAAAAAAAACAGGCUGGAACCAACCCAUCCUGUAUACAACAUUGGUCCUGAAAAAGUAGCACAAGCUAUAAUGCACUUUCUCAAGCUACCAGUUCCACAGCAUUCAAUAUAAAUGAAUUUCCAAAUACUAAUUGUGUAUCCCAAGUCCAAAGAAUUAUGUUUUUCAAAGUAAAAUGUUCAACGUGGAGCAUGUUCUAAUAUGAAGCAAUUUGCUUCUUGCAACAACAAGGAUAAAAGCCAUUGGAACUGCAAAUAGUAUGGCUCCCUAAUCCAGUUUACAUUCAGGCAACUUGCUCCUGAGAACUGAAAUAUCAGAGACUGUUACCUGUAAACCUUCCUGUUCUCACAUCAUCUUCUCUCAGAAAAGUGAAUAGUAUUUGCUUGACUAGAGCACGGUGCUUUUCACUGGCUUCAGAAAUAAUUUAUCACUGUCACAAUAAAGUUUUUUCUUCAAGCUUUGCAUUUUGCCUGAAUUUUCACUGUUUUGGAACAGUUUGCUUGCCAUUUUUUUUUAAAAAAAUGGUAAACCCAAAGUACACUGCAGAUGCUGUAGUCAAAUCAACACACACAACACGCUGGAUGAACUCAGCAGGUUGGGUAGCAUCCAUUGACUGCUCAUUUCAACGGAUGCUGCCCAACCUGCUGAGUUCAUCCAGCGUGUUGUGUGUAUUUAAAAAAAAGGCCAGUGUUACAAAAAAAUGUUACAUUGAGUAGUAUGCAAUAUGUUUUGCUUUAAGUAAUAUAAUUUUUGGAUGGGUUUAAAUGAAAGAAUAAUCAGUUACAAAAUGAUUGUCACAUGCAGAAACCAUGCCAGAGAAAGCAAAGCAAUUUAUUGUUUUCAAUAUCUUUAGGAGUGGCCCAGCAUUGUUUAAUAAUUGAAGCAUGCAAAGCUAUUUGUGGGACACAGGUAAGAUAGAAGCUUGGUGUCUGCUUGAUUGUAUUGUCUGGUAUAGUUCAUAUAAUAUUUCACAUAAUCAGAACUGUACAACAAAGUGCAAAAGCAUCAGAGAAGCACUAUCGACAGUUCUUGUUUCAAAGCAACAGCGUUUGUGAUUAGUAAAGGUGUCAAAGAUUACAGGAAGAAGGCAAAAGAAUGGGUUUGAGAGGGAUAAUAAAUCAGCCAUGAUGGAAUGACAGAGCAGAUGCAAUGGGCUGAAUGGCCUAAUUGUACUCCUAUGCCUUCAGGUCUUAUGGCCUUAACUCAGCGGGAUAGACAAAGCACUUCAAUUAAAGCUGAAAUAAUCUCUAUGCAGGUAACUUGCUCUGUGGUUCCAUGGAAAGUAAAUUCACUGGAAUGGCUAUGUUUUUACAACAAUAAUAUUUCCCUUUCUCCAUAACUGACUGGGAACUUGCAUUAACCACUGCAUUUUCAGCAUUGGCAGAUGUAGCAAUUACAGUGCUCAGGUCUUCCCACUUUUAAAUUUAUUUUGAACUGUUUGAUUGCAGA